GUCAUUGGAUGAUAAGCGAGGAUGAGUCUUCCUUUAACAACAACGAUUGGGUCAUGAAGAAGGAAAUCCUAGUACGUUGGCCAGUACAGCCGAAGGACUAUUCAAAAUGGGCUAACAAGCAUGGAAAGUUCCCGCUGGAUUUAGGAUGCGCAACUAAAACCUACGCUGCUCGAGUACUAAAAUUCCAUGAUGAUUAUAAUUGCCUUUGUGAGGUGAUGAAAAAUUAUCUAAGCACUGGCACAACACAGACACCUUCAAGAGGAAGGGGGCAAAGAAAUGGCAAGAGGAGUGAUCGCUUAGAUUAUGGAGAUGAUAAACAACCAUUAGAAGCACCUGCAAAGAAGCAAAAAACUGCCAAAAAGAAGGUGACAAAUUCCAUUAUGUCACAUGAACAUAUUGCCAUGUUGAAGGAAAAAGUGAGGGGAAAGCAGCCUAAUGUUUUUUUUGAGGGCAAUUCUCCACAAUCUUCUGAUGAUGAAUCUGGGUCAGAGGUAGAUAACAUGAGAAGAGUAAUUGAUGCGAAAGACAGGGAAAUCGAGUCAUUGAAAAGACAAAUUGCUGAUAUGAAGGAUAUGCAAAUUUACAAGAUGUUGUUACCCAACUAA